AUGGAAGGUUCGAGUAUAGCCAAGAAACCGGGGAAAUUGUUGAAUCUUGGCUUACACGAGCAACAAGACGAACUCGAACAGAAACUCGAAAAUGGCUUCGCAAUUGUGCUCAGCCGAAUGGGUAACUUACAUGAACGCGAGGCGCACGAUCAACUUUUGCAAGCAGUCGCUGACGCAAAGUUAAUGUCGUAUGACUUGAGUGAAUUCAUUGCAUUCCAGAUGUACGAAGUUGUUAUCGGUGGUUUACUGUAUGGUGUCCUUUCGGAUCCGGUGAAUGCAAGUAAGUAUUAUGAUGCACUGACGUUGGUUGCGAAUGGUUCGUGGUUCUGUGCGUUGUGCAACGUGAACAUGGUACUGUUUGAACUGUAUCCACGACUGCACAACGAGGCACGUCAACAAAUUCUGUUCUUCUUUCGAGAAUCGAUCAGAGUGAAUGUUCCCAAAAUCGAUAACGUCCUCAUCAAUCUGAUCCGAAACGCUAACGAUGGUUAG